AUGUCUACUAAAGUUCUUAUCACCGGGGCUUCUGGGCUCAUCGGCUUCCGUAUUCUGAUUGAUGCUCUGGCUGCUGGGCACAAAAUCUAUUUCACCGUUCGAUCAGAGGAAAAGGCCCAGAUUAUAUUAUCCAACCCAGAAAUUAAGAAUUUGGCACCUGGUGACCAUCUUAACCCUGUCAUUAUCCCUGAUUAUACCGAGGAUGGUGCCUUUGAUGAUAUUCUCAAAGACGUCACUCAUGUUAUUCAUGUGGGAUCGCCCGUCACCAAUCCUACAUUUGACUCAAAGACGGAAAUCUUUGAGCCAACACUAAAGAUAUCUGCUGUCCUUCUCGCUUCAGCACUCAAAAGCCCUACCGUUCAGCGAGUCGUUAUCACAUCAUCGGUUGUGGCUAAUGUUGGCCUCCACCCCUUCUCAGCCAUACCUUCUGCUUCCACACGGGGUACACUGCCCGAUCCUAUACCCUCGGAGUUUAAAAAUAUCCAGGAAGCGUAUGUCCUGGCCAAGAUGAUUCAACUAGAAGCAUCAAAGGAUUUUAUCAAGAAGCAGAACCCCAACUUUACUAUAGCGCAUGUUUUCCCUGGCUAUAUCUUUGGUCGCAAUGGACUUAUUCUUGAUGCUACCCAGAUGCGGAUUGCGAAUAGUUCCAAUACCUACUUCAUCUUGGGGAUGCUGGGGGGUGAGCUCCCUUUCCCUAUUCCUGGCAGCUACGCCCAUAUUGAGGAUGUAAGCAACCUACAUCUUCGAGCUGCAUUCCUUGAUCCAUCCUCGGCGGAUAUUUCUAAAGAUUGGGGCAUAUCUAUGGAGGUCAACUUCGAUACCAUAUUCGACCACGUCGAGAAGGCUUUCCCCAAGGCUGUUGCAAAUGGUAUUUUCAAAAGAGGCAAGAUAAUCACGUUGCCCUUCCCGUAUGAUUCCAGCGAUACCGAAAGAUUCUUAGGUGCCCCAUUGAAGGGCCUUGAAAUUGCCGCUGUGGAUGUUGCAUCACAAUAUUUGGAGGUGCUGGGCAAGGAGAAGGCAUAG